AUGGGUGACUCUCGGCAACAUAGCUUUCCUUCAGGUUUCCAUCUUCCAUCGCGCCGAAAAAUUAAACGCCGCCUUGCAUUCACGGUUGACUGCGAGUCCACGCCUUCAUCUGCUGAUCUUCUUCCUAAAGAUAGUACUGUAUCAGUUAUAGAACACCAAGCACUUCCUACUGAAUCAAGCGCUGCUGAUUCUGUAAAAAAUGAAUUACCUUUUGUUCCUCCAAUUCUUAUAACUUUCUUACCGAGCAUACCUCAGCUUCUAAUUGUUUCGAUGGUGGUUAGGGAUGCACAAAGCACAGGUCUUAUGUUUCUCUUCAAAGACAAGAAGAGCAUACCUCAGCUUCUAAUUGUUUCAAUGGUGCUGAGGGAUGCACAGAGCACAGGUCUUAUGUUUCUCUUCCAAGACAGGAAGAGCAUGAUGUGGGCUCUUCUCAUUCGGGGUGCAGAAAGCGCAGGUCAUCUGUUCCUCUUCAAACACAAGAAGAGCAUGAUGCGGGGUCUUCUCAUUCAUCUUGCCAUGUCUGACGACGCAGCUCUUCAAACGUUGUACACAAAGGACGACAACAUGUGUUGCAAGCAAAUCUUGCACCUGCACCAGCCAAUCAACAUCGUCAAUCCACGGUGGACAACAACCUACCAGAUGAACAAGAACCUUCCUGCCUUUCUCUUACGUCACAAUCUUUUAGCCCUCCUUUUGCCAUUCUAA